AUGAGCCUGUGCGAUGGUGAAUGCCAGGAAUCGAGACGAGGCUUUGCCGUAGGAUCGCGCAAGCAGGUAACUUCGCUUUUUUACCAAUCCUCACCUACGCCACAGGAGGAAAAGUUUCCACCUUUUCGACUAAGGAGUCUGUUGACUGUUACUAAAGCAGACUUACCACAACAGAAAGUAAAUAAAUUAAUUACAUCCUACAUGAAAUAUGUGCCGGAAAUAAAACUGCCACAGUGCAAAAUGAACAAAAAACCGGAAAUAGGAACGAUGGGAAAGGUACUAAAAGGUGGAAAUAAUGCGAUGAUCUAUGUUAUUACAGUGCAGGCUCUACAAUAUCGUACGAUCGGAAUUAAACGCUUCAUUGUUGCUGCAGUUGCUUCGGGCCUUGCCUAUUCGACACCUAUUGUUUUUAUCAGUUUUGCUACUGCUGAUGACAAGAAGCAUCAUCUGGACAAAAAUAUCAGAAUGCAGUGCAGCACAUCGAAUGCACGUUAUCAAGUCGAUGCUCGUCUUGAUGACUAUCUAUGCUACAACUAUGCCAAUAUAACAUCAUUUAUGUCGAUUCUGGUGGUAAUUAAUUAUGGAUAUACUUAUUACGUUCUACUCUGGCGAAGUCAUGAUUAUCGAAAAGCAUUUCUGAGCCAACUGCACCUCUAUGGAAGUAGCAGAAUUAGCGUUACUACAGUGAAAGAAACACGAAUUGAUAAAAACAUGAGCCCUAUAAGACUCCCUUCGGUGAAUUAUAUUUGA